UGGAUGAGGGUUGUGUAGCUGUUGCAAAUGUUACGUUUAAUAUUUCCCGUGUUUAUAAAGUAACUAAACAUCAUCAAAUUAACUGUUAGAAAUUGCCAUAAAUAUGGCUGGAUCAGAGAAGUCUGCUAUUUCUUACAUUCCAUUACAGCGACGUGUCAGGCACCUGAAUAUGAUUGCAGUGAGAAACAUCGCAGCUAGAAAGUUUAUAGGGCAGAAGUUGAAUCUGCUGCAGACAUAUUUCACACUUCAUGCUAACAGCAAGUCACCAGCUUUUUAUACAAGCGAGAGAAUUCAAGACACCCUGAAUCCCACAUGGAAAAGCUUUGAUUUCACCUGCUUUACGGAAGAUGCCAACAUUGCAAAUUCAUCUCUUACCGUUAGGGUGUGGGGUGGAGUGGAAGACGAGUUUAUGCUGGUUAUCGAGUGUACUGUUCAGUUACCGUCCCUGCAUUAUGCAUGCAGUAAGUUACACAAGGAUGGUGCCAGAUAUGAGAAGAACACUAUAAUCUUUGGUAUGUUUCGGGGAUACUAUACUGAUUCAAAACAGACAAAGAAAGGUGUAUCAGAUAGAGAAGAUACCGAGCUGCUGUCAUUGGUGAAUGAUGUCAGCAUUUCAAAGCACUCCUAUGACCUAACGACAAUGAUGAGGAUACGCACAGUGGAGCGAGCAAUUGUGCAGACCCAGUGCUCCUCGCACAAAGUUCUUACUUCCAUAGAAGACAGGCUUCGACUGUACGAGGAAAAGGAAGCAAUGGAAAGCGAGAGGGAAAAGGUGGCAAUGCGUGUUAAUCUUCUUGCAGAGGAGCUGAAGAUAAGCGCAUCCAAUUUACACAGUGACCGGGAGAAGUUGUCUCGAAGGAAGUGUCAACUCAAGGAGAAGCGGAUUACCUUAGCAGACAGAUUCGAGCAGUUGUCAGAGAAUGAAGCGGCACUCAUGGAGAUGAGAAAAUGUUUCCGAGCUGCGAGAGAAACCUAUGUCAAGAUCUCGGCACAACUAAUGGUGAGGAGGAGGCAGCUAAUAUCGGAAGUCUGUGAAAUAUAUCCCAUUUUACAUAUUCCAGGAACAAAAGAUUACACGAUAUGUGGUGUUCGCUUGCCGAAUUCGGAACACUUUGCAGGGGAGGAUGAGAUCAUGAUAGAGACGGCACUGGGCAAUGUCGCACACAUGGUGCUGAUGCUCUCGAAGCUGCUCACUGUACCCCUGCGUUACGCCAUCGCCUAUCGCGGCUCCCACUCGAUCAUACGCGACCACGUCACACCGAAGCUAUCCGAAAAUGACAGGGAGUUUCCAUUAUACAGUAAGGGACAGGAUAAGGUGGUAUUUAACUAUGGCGUAUACCUUCUUAACAAGAACGUUGCUCAGCUGGGAUUUUACCUUGGGAUGCCAACACCAGACCUCAGACCAACCUUGUACAAUCUGAAAAGCUUGCUGGAAUUGACAUUCGGAGUCGUUUUCGAGGACACGGAGCAACACAUGGCGCUGUGUGCCGAGGGGACAGCCGGUGCUCUGACAGUGCGCUACUCGAACCACCUGCCCGCCGCAGCGACGCGGGCGGACCAUUCCGCACACGAGCUUCCGAGCCGCCUCUCGCCGAAUUUCAUCCGACCAGACGGCAUGGUGCAGCACAUCGCACAGGACCAGCUAUUUCAGACGGUGGCCGACUACCGCCGAAUGAACUCCUACGAAUCGCUCGACCACAUCUCGCAUAAUUCCUCUGACGGCAACGAAAUCGCAGAGUCUUCGAGCACGACGGGUGGCGCCGCCAAGUUUGAGAAGUGUGACGAUGAGGCCGGCAGCAGAUCCGGGCAGCUUGCGAAUAACUCUAACUGUGAUGCAUACCCAGCAAGUACUAGUAAUAACAUUUGCAAGGCAAAUGCCAGUGAGCUUCUCUGAUUUUAAAUGUGCAUUGUAGGGCUGAUAGAUACUGAGAGCAGUUGUGUUCAAAUUAUAGUAUUAAUUCUCAGAUACACCAAUUUGGGAAAAGUGAAAUAAGUAACCUCAGCUCUAUUAUAUUGCAAUGCGUGCUUCAGUGGGGGAAAGGUUAUUUUCUAUGCAUAACUGCAGCAUUGUGUAGCUUGGUAGGUUUCUGCCUAACAUAUAUCCCACUUAUCAUCACAAUUUGUGAUUUACCCACAAUCAGGUUUUACUAUCAAUUUUGUGGUUAUUAACAUAUAGCCUUUUCAACUGCUGUGGUGCAAUAAUCAUAAAAACAGUUGCACUAAAAAAAUAUAUCUGUAUUGCAAUCGUAACUGACAAGUGCAGAAUUGUUCUGCGUAAAGUUAAAAAAAAAUCACAAUUCAAGUGCUGAUGACUGACCACUUGGUAACUUGUCAUUGAUUUUCCAAAAGGACAGUUACCAUCUAUUAAAGUUUGGCCACAAAUUCAUUCACUCUAUAAAUGUAUCUUACGAUUGUGCCUUCCUAUUUAACACAUAUUUAAACCGAAAGUGCUUCUGUGCAUGUUUUAUAUUUUUAAUUUACACAGACGAAUGUCUGCUUGCCAUUAGUAGGUAUUUUCUAUGGGUGUUUAAUACUGUUUAUUCACGACACAGAAACGUGCCAUUUUGACAUUGGGUCUUGUAAUGCCAGAGUUGCGUUACACAUUAACUCUCUCUCUUUCUCUCUCUCUCUCUCUCUCUCUCUCUCUCUCUCUCUCUCUCUCUCUCUC